AUGGCGCCAUCUCAUCCAGCGGAUGCUGAUGAACUCGGCAUCUCGAGUGACGACGAUGCCUCCGACCUCGAGAACAAAGUCACCUUGGAGUCGAUCAAUCAAAGAAUGACGAUCAGAUCUGCGAUCACCUCCAACUAUGCCACUCAAUGGGGCGCCGUAGAAGCCUUCCGUGAGCUCGUGCAGAACUGGAGAGACGGUAUCAUCAAGUCAUUCAAGAUAUACGAGUGCGACUUCCAUGUCACCCUCGAGGAAAACGAUGACGAAAUCGUCUACAAGGCCGUAGGUCCGAAGUCCCAGCGUCGGAAAUCUCAAGGAACGCAGGAGUGUCUGGGAUACAUCCGAUGGCACCGCAAUGAGGGAGCGGGUAUCGUAGAAAUCACCAACAGACAAGCCACCCUCCAAUCCUGGCACCUCGACAUGGGAGGCUCGAGCAAACAGAAUGACUCCCACCAAGCCGGAUCUCACGGUGAAGGCUUGAAAGUUGCCUUACUCAUCCUAAGUCUCCUACCUAUUGCACCGGCGCCAAACGAGGACGUGCAAUUCUUCGUCGGGGGCAAUACACCAGGUCGGGACGAGAACGGUUACCCAACACAGCGGAUCGAGGUUACGAAGGACAAGUUCAGAGAGUGGACCAAAGCUGCCCUGUUCCUCCAGACAAUUCCCGACGAAGAGAUUGUGAGAACAAAGUUGGGCGACCUGAUUAUUGAUGCUCGAUUUAGCGGGAACAUCUACCUCAAGGGUCUCCUUCUCAAGGAAUGCAAAGGCAGCAAAUCGGCCAGCAUCGCCGGCAAGAAAAUUAUGUAUGGGUACAGUUUUGCCUCAGGAGUCACCAAUCGCGAGAUAGAGUCCAUGGCAGGAGCGGACGACGAGUCGCGAGCGAUUCUUAAUAUCUGGAAUUUAGCACUCACCGACCCUUCGAAACCGCCCGACCUCGUCAACAAACUACACGAGAUGCUGGACUCGGAUAACCCAGAGUAUGCCGAUGUUGCACGAGCAGAAACGUUCAUUCACUCCGGCACUCGCGAACACAUCAAAAAGUACCUCCUCUCCGAGAAGUUUGAGGGCAAGUGGUUUUAUACGGCGAAGGAGAAAAACCAGAACCGCCGUGUGGAACAAGUCGUGCAAGGCCUUGGUCGUGAGCCCCUCAUGCUCAAGGACUCAUACUGGUUGAUCAUGAAGGCAGCGGGGCUCCGAACGGCAGAUGAAGAACGGAAACGCUUUCUCGCAGCUGCCGACGCCCCUGUUCCAGACGAUGUCUUUUCCAAAGCCGUGCAUCGACUUGUCCGUGCCGGAUUAGCCGCUUGUCCCCAGACGUCCGGCCUCUCUGUGCUAUUUGUGAAAGCAGGAUGGUUAGGGCUUGAUUCGUUCUACGCCGAGCCACAGAAAGCAUUCAAGAUCCACGAGAAAUGGUUGACAGCCAAAGGGGCGCAGGAAGAAUUGGGCUUGGACGGUUCCAAACAGCCAAGCUGGUAUCUGAAGCGAGCACUAAGUGAAAGUGACCAGCACGUCCAGGAGCACAUCCAAAUCAAGCAGGAUUUGGAAUUCAAGAUCAACCGCUUUGAGAAGACGGACUCAGUGAUCACUACAUGGAAUGCAGGAUCGGGCUGGACACCGGAUACCGAUAUUACCAUUCAUCUCCAUAACGAGGUGACGUGCUUACACCACAAGCAGCAUUUGAUCAGAGAAGAGAUCACCAAGGCACAUUUACAGUGCCUUAAGGUAGUAAACAGGUCACGCUUCGCAGUACCCUCCGUACCCGCCGCCGACAAAAAGAUUUUCGUGCUGCUCUCUAACCUCUCGGAUCCUUACUCAUUUGUCGUGCUCUCCGAGGAACCUCGCAUCAUCGAGAUGCCGACGCCAGUUGCAACGCCUGCAACGCCGUCAAGGGUAAGAGAGAGCCCGAAGCCUGAUGAGCAGAAGACCUACACACUUGGAGACCAAAUGCAAUCUUUGGAUAUCGUGACACCAAGAGACUGGUACCAUGGCUCGAACCCAAAGGGUACCAAGGCAGUCAUUGGUAUCGAGAAGAGCGAGAGCGAGGCGGUUGCUGUGACCAAGGACAACGAGACGCCGGCCAAGCGUCCUCUACCCGAGCUGGAGACGUUGGACCGAAUGGUAAAACGGAGACGUGGCCGUUAA